AAAUCAAACUAUAAAUGGAGGAAUCUCUGUCUGGCACUGAUGUCAUCAUUAAAGGCACUGACUUAAAGCAUCAAACGUAAAGGCACUGGCCCACAUGGUUGAUAUAUUACUAUAAUUGACAUUAUUAAAUUGUUGAAUUGUUGAGGCAACAAUGCAUAAAUAUCACAUACCUAUUCUUGUAAAAGAAGAGAAAUAACUAUAUGUGUUAUAUGUAAAAAGUACAAUGUUUCCCUUUGAGUAGGGUAAAAUGUCCAAAUGGGAGAAAAUAGAAUAACUCAUUAAGUACAAGUAGCUCAAAAUUGUACUUAAGUACAUCACUUGAGUAAAUGUAGUCACUUAAUUUCCUCCACUGGUAUUUAGUGUGGUUUAUGAGGAACGUUCUGCAAAUGUGAAAUACUAAAUUGUUCUUGAUUUCCUAUAACUAGAAGUGAGUUGUGGGUCUAAUUCCCUGGAGGGGAAAACACAUUUCAAUUAGAGGAGAAGCUGUUGAACUGUCAGCCACCAGGACUAUUCUUUACAGUGGCACACGGUUCAAUGUGUCCUACGUUCAAACUUGAGCAUCCAAAAGCACAGUUUUACCAGUCUGAUGCUCAGUAACUUUCCAGGAAGUCAGUGAAAACUACACUGAAUGAGGGAGUGGCUCCCUCUACUGGGGAAAGGGUGGAAAUGUUGAGUUGGACAGGUGCGUAAAGGCAGCAAACAGAACUAACUUCAAACUGUUACAUGUCCAGUCAACUGCAGUUAAACUAAAAUGUGAGAUUUUUUAAAUGUUGCAAACUAAAUAACUCUGAGGUUUGUACAAACUAAAAGCGCCAGUUUAGCUCAAACGCAACUAAAAUGCCAUCAUACUUUAUCCUGGUUUGAUCCUUUUAUAUAUUGCCCACAACACAAUGUUUCCGGUCCAAACAAAAACCUGGACUGCUGGGCUUUAAGGAAAUAGUCUAAGGUGGAUGAGUCAAGACGUGUCACCAAAAAUAAGACUCCUGUUGUCUGACCGAGAGCAUCGGGAUAAACAGACAGAGGUGGAAGUGGCCCUUCCGCUGCAGCAAACCCGCACAUCUGCUUUGGGGGCGAGUUUCUUCCUUUUUUACGCAAAGGAUGUGAGCAGGAGUGGCACUCGGGGGGCUUUAAAUAGGAACUGUCUCCAAACUCUGGGACAACAGAGCAUCUGAAAACUUCCAGCAGCUCACAGUUGGAAAGCGCCGGUUUUGCUCCAGGAUGGACGUCAACAGGAGACUGGGAAUGAGGGACACUGUGCUGGCGCUCUUACUCGCCGUCGUCCAGGGAUUUCCUCUCGGGGACACGGCCCCGAAUCCAUCCCCGCUGGUCGGAUCCAACUGGGGGAACCCGAGGAGAUACGUUCACCUGCAGACAUCUACUGACCUCAACAACUUCUACUUGGAGAUCAGACUAGAUGGCACUGUGCGCAAAACUACAGUCAGGAGUUCAUAUAGUGUGAUUUUACUGAAAGCUGAAACAAGGGAGCGCGUCGCCAUCCUCGGCGUCAAAAGCAGCCGUUACCUGUGCAUGGAUUUGGAAGGAAAUCCGUUCAGCUCUCCCAUCUGCCUCAGAGACGACUGCCUCUUCAAUCACAAGCUUCUCGAGAACAACCGGGACGUGUACUACUCCAGCCGGACCGGCAUCCUGUUCAACCUGGAGGGCUCCCGGCAGGUGUUCGCAGCGGGUCAGAACCUGCCUCAGACCUCUCUCUUCCUGCCCAAGAAGAACACGGUGCCGCUGGAGCGCCUCCUGCUGCACAGGGAGAAAAGGAACCAGGUGGUGGAUCCCUCCGACCCGCACAACGUCUAUCUGGGUCAGACUGAGGAGGGCUCGGACUCCCGGGCCGUGCCGGAGGACGACGCCGAACUGGAGGUGGAGAUGGAAGCCGGAGACGACGGGCGCAACGUGUCCCGGGAGACGCCCCUGGCUCCGUCCACCCACGACCCUUGGAACGUGCACUCGUCCAACCCAGCCAGCCCCCGGAGCUCCGGGACUAUGGGGUGAACUUUACCGGGUGUUCCCUUUACCUUAAUAUAAGUGAGUCCAAGUUUAACCUUGUAGUUUGUCAUCAUAUGAGACAGAAAAUAUAAAACACCAGAAUUCAUUUAGGAAAAAGUGAAGGGAGAGCAUUCAGCUUGUUCCUUCUUUUUCACACUGUCUUAAUUAUAAAUUUCUGCCGCCAAAUAUUCAGAAAAGCAGUGUGUUUAUACACUGAAUGUACAAAAUAUUAAUAUUAAUAUUAAACUGCUGCAAGUCAGCCCCUUUUGCACAACUCAUAUCCACUUGUAACUUCUGCUCUGAUAUCAAAGGUUUUGUAAGUUAAAUCAAAAAGGGAUGUGUGUUUAACUGGAUUUUACUCAUCACUGAUGAAUAUUUUGUACAUUUGCAAAAAGCUUUGGUAACAAAUGGAGGAUGAGUGGAGAAAGGGACUUCACCACAUCAAACAAAAACUAGUUAGAUGAGACUUUCCUCUCAGAAACAAUCACUUAACAAAUCAAAUCAAUUUCCCAUUCCCAUCCAUUAUAAUUAGCUGGCAUCCUCUUAUACAGAGCUUUAGUCUGAAUGAGAAAUGACAGUAUAAUCUGAAUUAUUCAUGAACAUUGUUUGGUUUUCCCUGAAGAGCCACAGGACUCAUGAGAAUACUUUGACUUAUUCCUGAUUUCUGGGGAUGCAGGAAAACUAAACAAAGCCCUAGAAAUGAAUAAUCCUGUCACUGGGGUCAAAUCAGCAUGCAAACAUUUUUCUUUGCCUUUUUCUGUGGUCUCUUCUCAUUGAGGUUUUUUUACAGCUGGUCUGAGAAACCCACAUUUCAAAGUGACAUUAUCUCAAGACAGCAGCCUGACUUAGCCUACCUUUGGAGGAGUGACGGCCCUGUUGAUUCAUGUGAAUCUAGAAAGACAUGAUUUUAAACCAAAAAUAUAUGCAUGAAUAUACUUAGGAGGCGCAUUUAGUAGAGUUAACUUUAAGUUUUGCCUAUAUUUUAAAGUCCUACGUUUACUGAGUUGGAUGUAUUAGAUAUGAGGAUUUAUUUUUAGAUUUUGAAGCUGAAACAGCAAUUUCACAAACUGCACAUCACUGCAGUCACUUAUGGUAUCCGUUGUGGUAAUGUUUCUGUAUUUGUGUAUAUUUUUUGCCACCAAUAAUUCAUCCUAUAAUUCAU